AUGAUCAUGCCAAAGACUCACACAGCGACUACUCGCCAGACAAUUGCGACUAACUACGUGCUUGCGAACAACGCAAUUACAAGAAGAGCCUACGGGCUCUACCUAAAAUGGUAUGAUGAAAUUCAGGAAUGCUUUCCUCACUUAAACAAUAACAUCUGUAGGUACUUGAAGUCCCAAGAAGAGGCGCUUGCCUUGGCCAAGGGAAAUGUAGGCAGGUACACUUUGACAGACUUCCCAUGCUUUAUGCAAGUGGUCAAUGAAGAAACCUGUCCUCACAUUACCGAAAGCUUCUUACCAGGAGACUUUUACUGUUUCCAGAGGGCGUUGAAGGGGGCCCCUCCUAGAAGCUACUUGCCAAAUGACUUCUAUAAGUACAAAGAGAUGGUGAAGGAAGAGGAACCUACCACUUACCUUCCAACUUCCUUUUACAAGUAUAAGGAAGACACAAAUGAGAAACAGCAUCCAGCGUUUUUGCCGGGCGAUUUCUUCAAUUUGUGGAAGCCGGCUAAAAACGAACAAUCGUACUUGCCUGGCGAUUUCCACUUUUAUAGGGUUCUCUGUAAGCAGAAACCUAACAUCACCUACUUGCCAGGUGACUUCUUCGAGUACGACGAGGUUAAGACCAAGUCCGCGUACUCACUUGAAGACUUCUUCAUGUACGGUGAGCUCCAGGAGCUUGGCCUCUACGAGGGUCCCGCCGCAGCUCAAUUUGAAAACUUCUUUACUCUUUGGAGAAAGGCUCAGGAAAAGGAUAAGCUGAUUUUAGCUAAUCGCUCCAAUAAUACCUUGGGUGUUUGGGGAGACUACUACGAGGGAGUACAUGAAAAAGAAGAAGAAGAAGAUGUGAAUAUCUUUGGAGUUUGGGGAGACUUCUAUGAAGCCAAGGUUGAGGAAGUCAAGGAGGAAGACCACCUCUUUGGGGUCUGGGGAGAUUACUACCAAGCUAACUAUGAAGAAGAAGAACUGGUUGACAUUCUUGGUGUUUGGGGUGAAUAUUACGAGGCAAAGGUUGAGGAAGAAGAGGAAGAAGGUGCUCUUGGUGUUUGGGGCGAAUACUACCAAGGGGAAACCAAGGAUGAUGAUGAUUCUAUUACUGUUGACACUACCGAGAAUGUCCUUGGUGUGUGGGGAGAAUUCUAUGAAGCUAAGGGUGAAGAUGAAGCUUUUGAAGAGAAUGAAGAAGCCUAUUUGCCUGGCGACUUUGAAGACUUCUUUGGUGUUUGGGGAGACAUCGAGGAGGUGAACAAUGAUGCCUUCUUGCCAGGUGACUUCGAAGGUUUCUUCGAUGAAUGGACUGAAACCAAGGAGAACAGUCAGGAGUCUUACUUGGCUGAAGAGCUCAACUCCUACAAGGCGACUCUCACCUUGAUCCGUGAGAAGAAGUAUGAAUUCAUGGCUUAUGAGUUCUGCCUUGUAUUGGUACCCUUCUUCUUAUUCCUCUUGGAGAUUACGAAGAAGAAUGAGCCUCCAACGUUCUUGCCUAAGGAUUUCUUUUUCUGGCAAGAUGUUGUCAGAGAAGAUGUUUAUGAACCACAGUUCCCUAACGAGUUCCAUUUCUGGGACACCAUCACCAAGGAAGAGGAGCCAGUCUCGUACAUGCCUCUGGACUUCUACGUCUGGAAGGAUAUGGUGAGGGAGUCCACCGUGGAAACUUUCUUACCUAAGGAUUUCUUCUUCUGGGAAGGUGUAUUGAAGGAAGAGAAGGAGGCAUUCUUACCAAAGGACUUCAUGUUCUGGCAGGAAGCUCAGAAGGAGCCAACUAAGGCGUACUUGCCUAAGGAAUUCCUCUUCUGGCAAGAAGAGUUGAAGGAAAGGAAUGAAAGCUUCUUGCCCAAGGACUUCUUCUUCUGGGAAACUUUGUUGAAGGAGGAGAAGGAACCAUUCUUGCCUAAGGACUUCUACUUCUGGCAGAACGUUCUCAAGGAGAAGAAGAAGGAGUACUUACCUAAGGACUUCAUGUUCUGGGGAGAAGUCCAGAAGACUUCUACAAAGGCCUUCUUGCCAAAGGACUUUUUCUUCUGGGGAGAGAUGGUGAAGGAGAAGAAUGAAGCUUUCUUGCCUAAGGAUUUCUUUUUCUGGCAGAAGCUGUUGAAGAAGGAGCAUGAAACCUUCUUGCCUUCAGACUUUGUCGAGUACUUUGGCGACGACUCAAGCAUCCAGGUCUACGCUGUCAAAUCAUCGAAGAAGGUGGAUGAUGAUGGAGCUUCAGACGAGCCAAAGCCAUAUACCUUCCAGAUUAUUAUCAAAGAUAAUGCAUCAGACUCGUCAAGUGAAUCCAAUGAAGAAUUGAGCUUCUUUGAGAAGUGGGGAUUCCAUGAGUCUGAUACCAGUGACUCCGACCUCAACGAGUUUCUUGAAAAGGUCGACUAA